AUGGGAAGGUAUUCCAUGGCUGUAAUGGGUUGUGAGGUCGAAUUUCUUCCUGGAUGUAAAUUCUUAUUGAUCUUAUAGUUCUUUUCCAACCAGUUCAAGAAGGCGAAAUCGUGAUUCAACCUGGUGCACCUUUCCACGGCUGGCUUUAAUUGCUCCCUGCCAAGAUGUUCAAGCGUUUGUUUAAGAAACGUAAGCGGGUUGAGAUUUCUGAACCUCAGAACUUUGAACAUCGAUUUCACACUGGAUAUGAUAACAGUACGGGCAAAUUUAUCGGUCUACCGCCACAGUGGGAAGCACUGCUUGGAAUACAGAGGGAAUCACAAAACAGACCUAAACCGAUUGUCGAUCCAGAAAUAAUCACUCAAGUUUCGCCACUGAGAAAAUCCCAGUGGAGUCUACUGAACUCUGAGGCAAAGGGUUCUGCCUCGAAAGUUAUUUCUGUUUCUCGCUCAAAUUCACUUCGCAAUUCAUUCCGAGUCAAUCAAGGCUCAAGGCCUUCGGCCAGACGGCGAGAGAGAACGAGUACAGAACUUUCCGAAGACGUGAAUUCCACGCGCGCGUUUAACGGGAAAGUUCCACGGGCGGAAUAUAUUCGAGAACAUCCCGAAGAAAACAACCGUCGAUUUUCUCAAGGCUACGAACGCUCGCACAAUGGCAGGGAAAUCAAUCGACAGCAAAAGAUCCCUGCUAUAGAAAGAGAGACUUCAGCAAGUUCUGAUUAUGGCUCGGCGAGCACAGACUCUGGAGAAAACAAUGGCGAAGACCUCCGAAGCUCUUCCAAAACAAGACUCAUGUAUUCUGAUUCCCCAGUCAGUCAUGAGCAGUUUCGAAAAGCGCUAGAAGUAGUUGUAACUUCAACUGGUCCUCCGGAGUAUCUGGACAAUUUUAUUAAAAUCGGCGAGGGCUCGACCGGGGUUGUCUGUCUUGCUCGAGAUAACAAAACAAAACGCCAAGUUGCAGUGAAGAAAAUGGAUUUGAAAAAACAACAACGAAGAGAACUCCUAUUUAAUGAGGUACGUAAGCUUAACAGCGAAUGAUCCAGCUUUAUUUUUUUAGGGAAUUUCACAUUGCUAUCGGUUCUAAAUAAAUUCGAUUGCUGUCUCAAAAAUGCGAUAUGCGGAAUUCGAUUAGUUUCUAAGCGAUGUCCGUUUUGUAUCAAAUGUCGUCGUCUGAAGUGUGGUCACGGAUUACACUGUAUAUAACAGCUAACAGAGUUAGUUUUUUUACAGUGGUUAUACAUCAUAAGGGGCUAUUGUUAUUGGCGAAAAUUUAUUGCUUUUAUAAACUAAGAUGUGAGGUCGAAAUAGAGAAGUUUCUUUGUAAAUUGACAUAUGAUAAUUCUUAGGUUAUUAUCUCUGAUCGUUCGAGUGUUGCAUGUUAUUAUUGCGUGAUAAAUAUUGAACGAUCUUCCACUGAUGAAUUAUUUUUACGCGUGAGGGUACAGCUUAACGAUUUUGUGGUUUACGAUACGUUCCCCUGGGUUCACAAGAAUUCAGUUAGUUUAAUAGUGUUCUAAGUGUGUGCUGAAAUAUUUUGGUAACUAACCACAUCAAUGAACGGUUAUCUUCCUAAUUGGAUAUUCAUUACAGUAGUGUUUGCCAAAAGGUUAUUUUCAAUGUUAGACAAUUACUUAAAACGUGUUCUGUCUUCUUGCGAAGUAUUUAUCACAAUUUUCACUCACAACUUGGUAAAUGCAUCGCAAAUUCCUUUUUUAAUUCAGAGGUAAUUUUUGCUUCAUGUUCACACCGUUACUUGAAUGUUUGCCUAUUGUUUAUCGAUGGAAACGGAUUAAUAAGAUUGGAUUUGACAAUGCAAAUAAAAUAUAUACUUUUGUUAUCAGUGAAAGAAAAAAAUGCAGUAUUUAGGUGACUGCCUUUGAGUAUACAAAAACAUGGCUGUGAAUUCUAUUUAGUUUUAUGUGUUUAAUGUAUCAUGUAUUCCACAACACUGGAGCUCAUGCUAACAGUCUACUGAAAGGAUUGUUGAGUUCAACAUUCUUCUUACCGGUGUUUCUAGAAAAUUUUCAAGGAGAUUCUUGUUAAUCAUUACUGUAAAUCUUUAUUUCUCACUCAACAGGCCUAAUAACAUAUUCUUUAUUUUAUUAUAAGCUAAUUUUUAUUUGUUCUGAAUUGUUUUCUUUUUGUUUGCAAUUGGAGUAUGAUGAUAAAUUUCCCCUGGUGAUUCAGGCCUCAAUACUCUGUAGACUAAUGUACUAAGGAAGCACUGUUAUGUGAACAUCCCUUAUGGGUUUUUCUUCAUUGGCCUAUGUCAGGGUUUUUGUUUGUGUUAGAAAACUCAAAUUCAAUUUAUUUCAGUAAGAAAGUACAGGCCUAAAUUUUAUAUAAUGUGGCCAAGCUUAGCUAAUGGGUUAGAAUGUUAAUUUUCUGUAUUCUUAGUAGAGCAUCCAAUAAUCAUAUUGUCGACAAAAAGACAAAGAAUUUGACUAAAUUUUCUUUUGAAGUUCUCAGAUCUGAAAUCAGAUUUCAAACUUAUCCUGGGUUAUCUUAACCCAGCUUUGCACUUCCCAGUCCAGGAUUGUAAAUCUUGGCUACCAAUAAAAGACAAUGUUUAUGCUGAGUUUAUUCCAAUCUAAGAUAUGUUUUGUAUGCUGGUUUUUAGGUCGUGAUCAUGAGGGAUUAUCCCCAUCCUAACAUUGUAGAAAUGUAUGGAAGUUACCUUGUGGCAGAUGAGCUGUGGGUGGUGAUGGAAUUUCUCGAGGGAGGAUCAUUAACAGAUAUCAUCACUCAUACAAAGUGAGGAGAAGUAUAUUUUGAUAAUUAAGUAAUUGCUGAAAGCUAUGCUUGUACAAGGAUUGUAAGUUUGCUGCAUGGGCAAGGAAGAUUUUAAUAAAUCAAUGACCUACCAUAACCAGUUGUUAAUUCGCCCUUCCAUUUAUAAAACCAACCCCUCACCCUCCUGGCUAUAGGUCCAUCUACUUGUUAUCAGCUAAAAGAAAAUUUUAUCAAAAGCCCACUCCCCCUCCCCCUGGAUAUAAACUCCUCUCUGGCUUUUCCAUUUCUAGAGAUAGGAACUCAAUUUAUUAUGAAGUUUUGAAGCUUGAUUCAAAACCAGUAAAAUACAGAAAAAACAAUGUAGUGUACAAGCUUCAAUUGCUAUGGCCCUAAAUCUGAAUAAAAAACAUGUGGUCCAUAACAUUAUAGCCCUUGAACUCAGUUAGUAUUUAGAGAUACAUUGUGUUUUCAAACUUGCUUGGCUUCUGCUAAAAGGAGUAUACUUUUACAUGUAUGUAACAAGCUGGGAUAAAAUUAGUUGACACAUAUAACAUCCAUUUAGUCACUUUUUAGGAAUUAUUUAGAAAUUUCAAAAUGAAUUGUGGUUUGUGACAAUGCCUCCCAUCCCCAAUCAUUAUUGUACAGUCAGAGUAAACAAAAUGCAGGGUAUUGUGGAUAGAAUUGGUAUACUAAAUUCCAGAAUAUUGGGAUUUCAGUGGAAAUGUGUCAAUAAUUUUGUCAUUGAUUUAAACAGGAAUACACUAGCAUGUAAAUGUCAGUUGCAUAAUCCAGUCAUCUGCUGAAAGCUUUAAUGUUGGCUAUAGCAAUGUUACUGCACAACUGUAUAUACAUGAAAAUUAUCAAAAUAACUUUAAUAACAAGGAUGUUUAUUUAAUUUUUUUCCUCAGUCUGUCAGAGGAACAGGUAUCUUGUGUGUGCCGUUCUGUGUUAAAAGCUCUGGCUUUCCUGCAUCCUCAGGGAGUCAUCCACCGAGAUAUCAAGAGUGACAGCAUUUUGCUCACCACAAGUGGGCAGGUAUGUCAGGAAUACUUGAGUCUAUUAAGACACAAUUUUAUCCAAUUUUUAUCCACUCUAUCCAAGAGUUUUUUCAGUAUGUUUUGGUUUACCAAUUUUCUUCUUUUCAUGAAAAUCAAACACAUCAAAUUACAGCCAGACACUGAUAGUAAUUUGUCAACCCUCUAACUCUUAAGAUCUGGUUGUUACUUCUUCCCUAUAACUGCUACACAUUUCUUUGUAAGCCAGUAAGAGAAUUUGGUGUUUGAUCAAAAUAAGAACUUUUAACUGAUUAGUAUGAGUAUUUCAUCACAUGUUUGCUGGACAAUGUAUGGAUAUUAUAGGGAGAAGUUACAUGUUUAUCACUUCUUUGCGUUAAGGGGUAAACGGCAAAAUAGUUUGGCUUUAUUUUUUUUAAUGUGGGUUAUUAAUAAGUAAAAUUUUAUAUAAGAACAAAACACCCAGGGAAACAAAUCAGUGAAUUUUUGUUCAAACAAACUGCUCCAUAUCUCAAGAUAUUGUUAAUUACAACUGGAAUACCAGAGAUCAUUACCAACUGAAGAUAAUUUGAAGUCUAGCAGACUCAUUGCAUUGUAUUAUUUUAAAUGAAGUCCAACAUGGCAAUUUUUUAUUCUUUUUUUUUUUUAAUAUUUAUUUUAUAGGUAAAGCUCUCUGACUUUGGUUUUUGUGCACAAGUCACUGAUGAUAUGCCUAGAAGAAAGUCUCUUGUUGGCACUCCAUACUGGAUGGCACCAGAGGUGAUAUCAAGAAAACCAUAUGGCACAGAGGUAAGAAAAUAGCCAAAACUCUCACAAUUCAUUUUUUAUUUUUCAGAUUUUAUAACCUUCAUUACUACUGUGACAAUAACAGUUCAGUUAAUUUAUUAUUGUAAAGUUAAAUUUCACCUAACAUACAUGUAAUGAACAAAAAUCACAACCUUGCAAUUGGAAAAAAAAUUAUAUUUUUAUGUAGCAUAAACCUUUGUUCAAGUCAUGGUUUCCUUAAGAUCUUUAAAUUAUUUCCUCAAGUAGAAAUGUAAUGAAGAUAUAGUUUUCUUUUUAUAUUUCUGGUUUUAUUUUGGAUAUUAAAACUUCCUUGAUUUUGUUGUUUUUCCUUCCACAAGGCUGAUAUUUGGUCUCUUGGGAUUAUGGUUCUUGAGAUGAUUGAAGGAGAACCUCCUUAUUUUAGUGAGCCGCCAUUACAGGCCAUGAGGAAAUUACGAGACUUGGAUCCACCAAUCUCAAAUAUGAGUAAUGAGGUGAGUGGGCUAUAACUAGAAAAUCUGAUAAUAGAUUUUUAAAAAAAAUGAUAGUGCCCGUGUUACUAAAAGAUGUAUUAACUGUCAAUAAUUGAAGAGUUGAGGCCACAGUUACUGUAAACAUUCAAUCAACAUAUGACAAGCUGAAUACUACACUUGUUCUGAUAGGUUCUUGUUAGAUCUUGAUUACCAUAACAGAUGCAUGGCUAAGUAUUUUGCAUCUAUCUCUCUUGUUUUGCAGAUGUCUCCAAGAAUGCUGUCAUUUUUGGAAAGGACUUUGGAGCGUGAUCCAGUGAAAAGAGCUUCCGCCUUUGAACUUCUUAAUCAUUCUUUCAUUCGUAGCACAGCAAACUCUACAUCUCUUGCUGACAUGAUGAAAAGUUUCAGACAUAGUGUUUGCUAGCCAAGAAAAGCUAAACGGGAAAUACAAGGAUUUCUCUCCCAGCAAGGCAAACUUCUCAUCAGAAUGUUGGUCUCUAUGAUUUUUUCACAAUGUAACUUGUCCCCCCUCAAGUCUUGGAAACAAGUCUUACAGACUUUGGUUUGCUAUGGCAAAGCAAUUGGUUUUUCACAGUUGUACCUUCUUAUGAUGGCUACUGUUGGAUGUCCAAAAUGUGGUCAUCAAUCAAAUACAGGUUUGUUAAGUGUGGGAUUGACUGGAGUACCUUCCUAUUUUAGGACCUAAAAAGUCUGUCUUAAUUAGAAGGUGGCCAUAUUAGCAGUGAUGGUUGUUAGUAGUGAAAAGAUGCACUGAGGUUGUAGUGGAAAGUGAAUUUCAAGUCAAAAUGAUUUAAGCUGGUUUGAAUAGUUUUUUUUCCCAAAAAUUUAAUGUUCUAGGUAAAUUACUAUUGAUGUUCAUUAAACAAAGUGAAAUAGGAGUCAAACUCUUGUGAAGUCAUUUUAACCUGAAAUUAUUCAAACUGCAACAAACAUACCUUUCAAUGUAGCUGGGUGCCGAGCUAUCAGUGAAAGUGCAUCAAAGUGUUAUUUUUAGUGCUAUGCAAUCUUCAUAGUAAAAUUUCACCAAAAAUGAAUAAUAAGUCAAUGGAAUGUCAUUUAUAAUCAACAGUUCAGAAUCAAUUUGUAAAAUUAUUCAAGACACGUACAUGUAAAUACCUCUAUACACUGUAUAUUGACCAAUCUGGUUGUUGUAUGGCUUGCUUUAAAAUUUUUAAGCCUGCGUAGAACUGAAAGUGAUGGCCAAGGAAAUGAAAGCAGUUAAUAUACAUAUUUUUACCUUCAUUCAUGUCUUGGUGUCUUAAGACUUAAGGUGAGAUUUGUUGGUCAAAAAUCUCAUCAAGAAGUUUUUGGCUCGUACCCAAAUCUCUUUUUGAUGUCAUUUUGGGUUCUUCUUUCAUGAGAUUAGGAGAAUUGAAGUCUUUUUUUCUCCAGUGAUUAACUUUUUCUGAAAGAAAAUUUUUAAUUUCAUUUUGACCAAGGGUUCUCCUUACUUUCAAUGCAAUAUCAAGCAGACAAAUGACAAGAGUAAAGAAAAAUCAAUGAAGAUUAUCAGUUGAUCCAAUUUUAACUCAAGAACUGUAUGGCAGACAGUAAGGAGAAUUUUUUCUGUUAAAAUUGGGAAAAUUGAUUCAUGUUAUUUAGUCCAUUGUAUUAAUUUAACCCUUCAACUCCCAUGAGUGACCAAGACAGAAUUUCUCCCUACAUCAUCCAUACAAUUUCAAGCAGACAAGUGAUGAGAAUAAAGAGAAAUAUCAAUUAGGGGACUACAAGUUGAUCUAAUACCAAAUUCUCCAAGGUAACAUCACAAGAACUGUAUGGCAGACAGUAAGGAGAAUUGCUAAUAAGAUCUUGGGAGUUAAAGGGUUAAGGCUUUGUAAAGUUACUUUUUAAUCCAGCCAUUAAGAAAUGACAUCAUGUGAAAUAGUUAUGAGAGUUAAUGUUUCAUGAACAUAUCACAUGGCUGUCUUUUUCUGGUGAAUAGAAAAUUAUAUAUUUUUUUUAAUUACAAGGGUGGUAGCCUGCAAAAGUAACCAAAAUGCAUGCAGUACAACAGCUCAAGCACUGCAAAGGGUGCAUUAUAUCCCAGAUUAGCCAUUUUUGUCAUUUUGAAUUAUGAAAACUUGGAUGGUUUACUCUAUAUGAAGCAAAAUGACAGCAAGGCUUGCAAAAACCUACUCUAAUGUAACAAAACGAGGUCUCUAGAAAUUAUGGCUUUGUUGUAGUUGGAAGGAAGCCUCCAGGUGAAGUUUAGUGCAAGAGAUACAAACGCUAGAUAGAAGUGACGAAUUUUCCAGGUUUCAUUAUGAGACUCCUUGCUGUUUUUUAUGUUUUUCAAGAUUUUAGAACUUGUGUACUAAGUGCUUUAGACUGCAGCAUAAGCCACUUUUGAUGUAUUUGAGAAGAAACCUCUGAGGGGAAGUAUAUUUUCCGAGCUAAAAUCAUGUCCCGAUUCUGAGGGCCUUUUCAUAUUUUACAUCAGAUUAAGUAUUCAUUUUGGUAGAAAUGUGUGGUCUCAGUUAAUGCUAGCAGCGUUCUCCACGAUGUUUCCGAAAUUACAUGUUUUCAUUUAGGGAACCUUUCAUAAAGUUAUAAGUAGUGUUUAAAUAAUGCAGACAAAUUAAAUAACCAGCAAGCAGUUUAAUCGCCGCAGUGGCUUUGCAAUUAAUGCUGCGAUUAAUUUUAGAUGAAAUUUCCUUUAGUUUUUAAGUGAACCAUGUUGUAUGCCAUGGACAGUGCACAGAUCUGUCUAAUCUUCAUUUUUUAGACCACUACACCUUUUUUUUUUAUCAUAAUUUCAAUUUUAUGGGUUUCACGAUGUAAAUAGGAC